CUGGUGGGGGUUGGGGGGAGGGGGGAGGGGAAACGGGUGAAGAGGGGGAGGCGGCAGGGAAGGGGGUGGGGGCCUGGCGGGGGCAUCCGGCAGAGCUGGGGUCCCCGGGCUCCGUCCGGAGGAAGCGACGCUGCGCUCGCUGGGCAGCCAGAGGGGACGGGACGCACCGGAGGGCAGGCGGACUCGCCCUGUCGGUGACUGGGCCGUCCGGGCCCGUCCUGCCUGGGGCCGCAGGUGCCCUGGAUGAGGCCGCCCCGCGCGCCCCGAACGAUUUUAUAAUCAAUGGAUAAAGUGGGAAAAAUGUGGAAUAACUUCAAAUACAGGUGUCAGAAUCUCUUCGGUCAUGAGGGAGGAAGCCGUAGUGAAAAUGUGGACAUGAACUCCAACAGAUGUUUGUCUGUCAAAGAGAAAAACAUCAGCAUAGGAGACUCAACUCCUCAGCAACAAAGCAGUCCCUUAAGAGAAAAUGUUGCCUUACAACUGGGAUUAAGCCCUUCAAAGAAUUCUUCAAGGAGAAAUCAAAAUUGUGCCACAGAAAUCCCUCAAAUUGUUGAAAUAAGCAUCGAAAAGGAUAAUGAUUCUUGUGUUACCCCAGGAACAAGACUUGCACGAAGAGAUUCCUACUCUCGACAUGCUCCAUGGGGUGGGAAGAAAAAACAUUCCUGUUCUACAAAGACCCAGAGUUCACUGGAUGCUGAUAAAAAGUUUGGUAGAACUCGAAGUGGACUUCAAAGGAGAGAGAGGCGCUACGGCGUAAGUUCUGUACACGACAUGGACAGUGUUCCCAGCAGAACUGUAGGAAGUCGCUCUCUAAGACAGAGGUUGCAGGAUACUGUGGGCUUGUGUUUUCCCAUGAGAACUUACAGCAAGCAGUCAAAGCCUCUCUUUUCCAAUAAAAGAAAAAUCCAUCUCUCUGAAUUAAUGCUUGAGAAAUGCCCUUUUCCUGCUGGCUCAGAUUUAGCCCAAAAAUGGCAUUUGAUUAAACAGCAUACAGCUCCUGUGAGCCCACAUUCAACAUUUUUUGAUACAUUUGAUCCAUCUUUGGUUUCUACAGAAGAUGAAGAAGAUAGGCUUAGAGAGAGAAGGCGGCUUAGUAUUGAAGAAGGGGUUGAUCCCCCUCCCAAUGCACAAAUACAUACAUUUGAAGCUACUGCACAGGUUAAUCCAUUAUAUAAACUGGGACCAAAGUUAGCUCCUGGAAUGACUGAAAUAAGUGGGGACAGUUCUGCAAUUCCACAAGCUAAUUGUGACUCAGAAGAGGAUACAACCACCCUGUGUCUGCAGUCACGGAGGCAGAAGCAGCGUCAGAUAUCUGGAGACAGCCAUACCCAUGUUAGCAGACAGGGAGCUUGGAAAGUCCACACACAGAUUGAUUACAUACACUGCCUCGUGCCUGAUUUGCUUCAAAUUACAGGGAAUCCCUGUUACUGGGGAGUGAUGGACCGUUAUGAAGCAGAAGCCCUUCUCGAAGGGAAACCUGAAGGCACGUUUUUGCUCAGGGACUCUGCGCAAGAGGACUACCUCUUCUCUGUGAGCUUCCGCCGCUACAACAGAUCCCUGCAUGCCCGAAUUGAGCAGUGGAAUCACAACUUUAGUUUCGACGCCCAUGACCCGUGUGUAUUUCACUCCUCCACUGUAACAGGACUUUUAGAACAUUAUAAAGAUCCCAGUUCGUGCAUGUUUUUUGAACCAUUGCUUACUAUAUCACUAAACAGGACUUUCCCUUUUAGCCUGCAGUAUAUCUGUCGCGCGGUGAUCUGCAGGUGCACUACGUAUGAUGGAAUUGAUGGGCUCCCUCUACCCUCAAUGUUACAGGAUUUUUUAAAAGAGUAUCAUUAUAAACAAAAAGUUAGAGUUCGCUGGUUAGAACGAGAACCAGUUAAGGCAAAGUAAACUUUCCGGUCCCCAAAGGGUGUUAACUAGGUCCGCUUUCAUGUGCAUCAGACAGUACACCUAUAGCAAGCACACGUAGCAGUGUUAGGCUUUUUCAUACAGUAUGUAAGCUUAGUGUUAGUAUCUGUCAGAUGCUACCUGCUGUUACUUAUUCAGAUAAACAUGGUGCCUAUUGGAACAACAGAGGAUAGAGCUACAGGUGUUCAGUAAGACUACAAAAACAUUUUGCCGAUUUCGCUAAUAGUUUGGUUUUUAAUGGCUGUAGUAUUUGAGUGAGGCAACUCUGGGGCAUUUGUUAUGAAGAAUUCUAUUUCUUACUGAAGAACAAAUUAUUAAUAUUGGAUGAGUAUUUCAAUAGUGUGACUAAUGUUUGAAAUUAUUUUUUCUAAGAGUUUUUCUAUAACCUUCCAAAAGUCGUGAUGUUUGUAGUUACUAUAAAUCAAGCUUUGGAAGUCCAAAAAGAAUAAAAGACUGCCUUCCUUUUAGAAAAAAAUGCAAUUUUCUGGCCACAAGGGCAUAGUGCAGUUCACUUACGUGUUGAUGUAGUUUAUAAUCAGAUGCCUUUUCUCUUCUGCAAAAGGUACUGUUAAGUAAACCAGAUUUUCUAAAUAGGCAUUCUUAAAAUUUCAGACUCACAAAGCUAGUAGUAGAAUUUUAUUGAAAGGCGCUAGGUACUAAAUUUUAAAUGAGUGCUUUAACUUAAAACAGGCGUUUGGAAUAGCUGCUGCAAUGUAGUCUUGCGUGUGAUUUUUUUUUAAGUUGAUAUGCAGUCUAAUUGUUGUUUCAUAAAAGUUGGAUGUGUUCCUAUGCCCAGGAUGAUUUUGUGAACCAUGAAGUACAUGAGACUAGAAGACGCCCAAACAAGUCAGAUAAUAGUAACUACAAUGGUUGCUGAUGUUGAGAUUAUUGUUGAACUAUAAUUAAUAAUUUGGAUGGCAGAAUUUAUCUUUUUUUGUAAACUCUUAUAGCUGAAUUGCUGAAGUAUAAUUUAUAGAAUUUCAGUGCAGUUAAUUCUUGAUGGAAAAUCUGAAACCUAAAUUGCAGAUUUAAAAGGUACUGUACAACCAUUAUAUCUGUAAAUAACUUUACUUAGCACCUUUUUGUCACUUAGAAUAAUAUGUACUACUACUUGAGUGAGCUCUUUUGGAAGUUAUAUCAAGUUCUGGUGUUUGCUUCUUAGUAACUGAACUGUAUUUACGGUUCCGUCCUAGACAUUUUGCACUAAAGUAGCCGAAUCCACUCUCGUGUCUUUUCGUUAAUGUGCUCUGUACCACUGGUGAGUGCUCCAUAGUUUCCUUACCUGCUGCUACAGAUGUUAUUUUGCAUCCCUAUGGCUAUUGCCAAGGCUACAUAAAAGAAAAGCUAUAUUUGUAUGCAACACUAACCUUUUGACUGCUAAUGUUUCUGCUUGCUGUGCCUUGUUAUGGCUGCUUUUUUUGUGCUAAUAAAGUAUGUUUGGUGUUCUCCUUGUAUAUCUGCUGUUUUAUACAUUUGCAACAAUUUCUGUUGUAAAUGGAAUGGUUUGGGGUUUUUAAAUAAGCAUUAACUAACAACCUUUCUAUAGUUAAUGCAGAGUUACUGAACAGUCUAAUAUUGACUUAUCAGAAUAAGCUAACUCUAAAUUUAAUGCUCUACAUCUUAUCAGUCAUAAUUAUAUAUACUGUGGAACAGUAUCUGUAGUUACUGCAAAUUACUGUACAGUUUAGGUUAUAACAGAAAACUGACAGAGAAGUAAUAAACCUAUUGAUUUCUCUGCUUAUAAGUGAAAGAUUGAAACUAUCCAAUGACAUAUUAUAGUAAACGAGUAUCUGUAACCUCCCACUGCAUCAGAAGCAGGUUAAAUGAAGUCUUGUGAAUUUGUAAUAGAUCAGUACCAUUUAUUGGUUUGGGGACCAUCUUAAUUAAAAAUAAAUGCCCAAAAUGUAGAACUUUAACCAAAGACUUGUCCAUUUUAAAUCAAAAUGGGGAUUGAAGGGACUUAUAAUUUCUGUCGUUUCUAAUUAAAGUCCCUGAAGAUCAUAUACCAAAGUGUUUGAGAACUUCAUCCAAACCUACUUUAAAGCAUUAUGUGCAAUUAAGUUGUUAUGACAUAAUUAUAUUGCAUAAUUGUUGGGUCUGUUUUCUUGAGCUUACAAUGUACCUGGAAAAUAAACCUCUUGAGAAAAAAAAAAGUUCAUACUGAUUAUUGGAAAAGGACUAUAUAUGUGAGCAAGAUUGUGUUUUAGAGAGGAAACUUGAAACUCCAAGAAAGCACUUGAUGUUUUUAUAUGCUUGUAGCAAAUUGAUGUUCUAACUGUAGUUUUAUAGAAAGUAUUAAUGCUUUUAUGUAUUUUAAAACUUUCAUAUGUUAAAUGGAAAUUGUUUUAAAUGUGUUUGAGUUUAUGUAAGCAUGUAUACACUGUGCUAAAAGUCACGUUUCAGUUUGUGUAUAAUAUUAAUAUGCAAUUUUUGGUUUAAAUUUUUUUCUUAAAAUAUUAGUGGCUUACAUUUUAAAAAAGAAAAAUCACCAGCAUGAACUUGCACCUAAGUCUAUAUUCACUGUGUCCUUUUCUGAAUCCCAUUGUAGCCUGUCAACUAAAUUUGAGUGUUACAGUCUUUUUAAAGUGCAUUUAAAUACAGACCAGGAAUUUCUUUAGAAGUUGAGAUACAUCUUUAUAGUUGAAAUAAUUAACCCAAGAAAAGGUUGCUUUGAUUUGUACCCAUUCUCAUUCAUUCUCUUCAUUCCCUUACACACACACACACCUCUCCCUUCCCCAUAUGUAUAAGUGUGUAUUAUAUAUUUAUGUAUGCACAUAUAUACAUUUAUGUUGUUAAUAUUACUUUAGAUGGCACUUCCACCUGAUACAAAAACAUUUAGAGAUCUUAUUCUAUAGGUAUUACCUAAACAGUAUUCUUGUACUAUUCAAAUUUUAUUAUCUGCACUAAAAGUUUAGCCUUGCUACUUUAGCCUUGUUUAUAAUACAGUCACCUUACAAACAGAAAGAGUUCAUCUGUAUUUCGUUUUCUGGCUAAACACAGUACAAAGUAUUUGAAGAAAAACAGCUUGGAUUAAGUAGUUACUAAGAGUUAUAAUUAAAUUUAUGUUUCUUAGACAAAACUCAAGCCCAAAUAAUCAUUCUCCACACGCCAAUCUGUUUUUAGCUCUUAUGUUUACAUAAGAUUUAUAAUGGCUAGAACCAUAAGAACUGAUACUUGAAUUUUAAGCUUCAUUUGACAAAAAUCCAAAGCUUAAGAAUUUAUUUCACAUUUUGAUCUGGUUGCUAUUUAUUUCAAAGCUUUCUUUUCUCUCUGGCACUAAACACUAAUUUGGUAAGUUUUAUUGAGACUGGUCUUAAAUCUCUUAUUUUUAUAGCAAAUACUGUUUUUUGGUAGAGCCAAAGAGCCUGUGAGUGAAUCUUUUUUUUUUUUUUUUUUUUUUUUGCGACAAGAGUCUCACUCUUGUCACCAGGCUGGAGUGCAGUGGCCCAGUCUUGGCUUACUGCAACCUCUGCCUCCCAGGUUCAAGUGAUUCUCCUGCCUCAGCCUCCUGAGUAGCUGGGAUUACAGGCGCCCACCAUCAUGCCCGGCUAAUUUUUGUAUUUUUAGUAGUGAUGGGGUUUCACCAUGUUGGCCAGGCUGGUCUCGAACUCCUGACCACAGGUGAUCCGCCCACCUCAGCCUCCCAAAGUGCUAGGAUUACAGGCGUGAGCCACUGCGCCUGGCCAUAGGACCCUCCUAAGAAGGAUACAGAGCUAGGUCUGUCUUUCAGAGUGUUAACAUAGAGCAAAUAGCACCAAUUUGUUUGCUUACCUGUACCCCAGCACAUACAGUUUUACUUUGAUGAAAUUAGAUAGAAAUGCAUACCAAGGGCUGACUCAAGGGUGAGAAAGUUUCCAAAGAGGGCAAUGCUGCUUGGCCCAUGUGCAUAAAAGCUACAUAUUUUUGAGGCUCUGGUUUUGUUUUAUAAUUUUGCAACAGCUGAUCCAGAACAUAGGCUUUUAAAAUAGUAUAUUCUAAAGAGGUUUGGGGUGGAAUUUUUGUGGGAGGUAACUGGUUAUUUGUGGGGGACGGGAGGAGAGGUUGCUAUUGCAAAGUAUAGAUGAGUUGGAGCAACUGUUUUGUUUUCAUGCCCUGGACGCUUGAUUAAACAUUAAGACUCUCUUCAGCCAUGCAGUCAACAAAUAUGUAUUGAAGACCCGUGUGCCACUCACUAUUUUAAGUAAUGGGUGUACAUUGGGGUAUAAGACAAAGCUUUACUGCCUUCCGGAGUUUAUUGAAUUCUAGUAGAUAAGACAGCAAUGAAAUGGUAAUUUCCGAAGCUAUGAGUAAAAUGAGGCAGAAUAUGGUGGUGGAGGGACUGGGGCACAAUUUUAUAGGGUCGUAACCUUGAAUAAUAUAAGAAAAUUAGACCAAGACCAAAGAACAAACGUUCGAGAUGAAGAGAACAAUAAAACUAGUCCCCAAAGCACAUAUGGAAUUACUUGCUGAGAAAGAAAGAAUGCCAGUAAGGUAAGUCCAUUGAGUGUGGAGAAUAUUAGGUGAUGAGGUUUUAGAGAUUGGCAAGGGCCUGAUCAUUUAGGGCUAUAAGCCUAUAGUGAGGGAUUUAGGAUGUUUUGAGUGUGAUGGGAAGCCAUUGGAGAGUUUUAAGCAAAGUAGAUGUGUGGUGUGUUGUAAAUUUUUCUGGUCAGUGGAGAAAAGACUAGUGGAACAAGGUAAGGAAGACUUUUACAGUCAUCCAGGUGAGAGAUGGUGGGACCUUGGACUGGGGUGAUAGUCAUCGGGAGAAGUCAGAAUUGGGGUAUGUUUUAGUGGUAGAGCUGAUAAGACUUGGCAAUGGAUUAGAUGUGAACAAGAAGAAAAAGAUCAAAAGAUGACUCCAAUUUUUGGUGUGAGAAGGGUGAUUGAGUUUUGAGAUUCCUAUUAAUUCUAGCAGAGACAUUGUAUAGUAGGCAGUUGGAGAUAUGAGUAUAGAGUUAAGGGGAGAAAAUUAAGAUGUGGAAUCACUAGGCCAGGCAUGGUGGCUCACACCUGUAGCCCCAGCACUUUUGGGAGGCCAAGGCAGAAGAAUCACUUGAGCCCCGAAUUUUGAGACCAGCUGGGGCAAUGUAGCAAGACCCCGUCCCUACAAAAUAAAAAUUAGCUGGGUGGGUUGGCAUGCACCUGUAGUCUCAGCUACUUGAGAGGCUGAGGCAGGAGGAUCACUUGAGACAGAGCCAGUUCCUGUCUCUAAAAAAAUAUUAAAAAUGAAAUGGGGAGUCACUAUAUUGAUAGUAUUUGAAGCCACAGAACAGGAUGCAACAGUUAGGGAUUUUGCAUGGGAUUAAGAAUUUCUUUGGAGGAAAUAAUUAUGACAACAUUUCUCUUAGUUUGUCAGUUCAAGAUUCUGUAUCAUUAGUUGUUUUUAAAAGCCAUCUGCCUUCAAUAGAGGACUUGUCUUCCAAAAACUUUUAAGAUACUGGAAUCAGACCUUGCGCUGAAUCUUAAAACUUUAUCCAUGUCAAAUUUGGUUGUCAUGCUUUCCUUGUCAAAUUUGCUUGUGUGUCUUUUUUAGUUUGAGUUUUUAUAUGAUAAAUCCAAGUUCAUUAUGGAAUAUUCAAGAAGUACUAAAGAUUAUAAAAGAACCUACCAAAAAAAGUUCAUACUGUUGACUGAAUAUUUAGACUCUGACCAUUCAUUCAUUCCACAAAUAUUAAUUGAAGACCCAUGUGCCAGUCACCAUUUUAGGUAAUGGGUAUAUAUUGAGGUACAUUACUACCACCAACCCUACCCCUGCCCCUUCCAACUCCCGUUUUGAAAUUUUCCAGAGGUAACUGCUAUUAAUAUUUGGUACAUUCUCUUUCAUAUUUUUUCAUGUAUUUUUAACAGUUUAAAAAAAUCACAUGAAAGAUAAUAUGUUGUACAUCUUGAAUCAGUUACUGAAGGGUUUUUUUGAAAUAGGAUUUCAGUCGAAGAUUAAGACCCUUAUUUUACUAAGUUUAUAAACUGGUGGGGAUGUAGGCAGUUAUAUAAAUGUAUAGUUAUGAGAAUAUAUGGAAAUAAAGUAAUUAAGUAAAAACUGGUUUCACUGGUGAUAGGGAAAAACAGAAAAGUGACCCAAGUGGAGUAGGGAUGAUUGGGAAGGUAUUGGGUUUCUUUUAUCACGAGAAUGAGAAUUUCAUUUAGCAGAAGAUGAUGGAGAGGCCAGGUGCAGAAGUAGAGUGGCAGGUGGCAACAGAAGAGGAGCAGGAUUGAGGUGGAGGAAUCAGGUGAUUGUAGCAUACACUGGACUGAACAGUCUGCAAUUAUCUAGGCUCUGCAGCAAGGAAGAAUUAGAAAUUAUGGUAGCGGGUGUAAGAUAGCCUAUAACCAAGAGGGAUUGGAGUUAGGAAGUCCUGUGAAAUUUGCCUAGAUCAGGUCGCUAGCACUGGAAUCAAACAGGAGCACAUGCAGAAGAAAAAUUAGCAUAAUUUUCAGUAAGGAAAAACAAGCAGUUUGCUUGCCUAGGAGACUUCUAGUUAAAUAUGUCAUAGUUUCUCCAAAUUUAAGCAAAUCAUAAGCCAACAGUAAAGUAAAUCAUAAGCUUACAGUAAAGUAAGAUGUGUAUUGGAUAUUAUAGAUAUCCAAUUAUGGAUAACAUUUUAGAAGACAUUUUAAUGCAAAAAAUAUUUGAUCAAAUAGGGAAAACUUCAUCACUACUAACUAUGCUUACAUAGAGAAAAUAGAAUGACUUUUCUAUGGAUAACAUUUUAAUUAUGGAUAACAUUCUAAAAGGCACAUUUUAAUGCAAAAAAUUAAUAUAAGAUUUGAUCAGAUAAGGAAAACUAUCACUGCUAACUAUGUUUACGUGAGAAAAUAGGAACAUGAAAAAAAGUUAAACCAACAUCAAAAAAACUUACUUGACAAAAGUGCUGAGAAAGGGUGGCACAAUCUUAAAUCUUAAGAGGGAGUGACUGAAUUCAAUCCCCAAAACACUGUUGUAAUUGUAGUUUUUCUCAUUUCUCAAUUUUACUAAGUAUGAAAACUGCUUUGAAUUUUUUGUAAUUUAUUUUUAUUUUUGUUUUUUUUGGAGACAGAGUCUCCCUCUGUCACCCACACUGGAGCACAGUGGCAUGAUCUUGGCUCACUGCAACCUCUGCCUCCCGGGUUCAAGCAGUUCUCGUGCCUCAGCCUCCCAAGUAGCUGGGAUUACAGGCAUGCACCACCACGCCCGGCUAACUUUCAUAUUUUUAGUAGAAACGGGGUUUCGCUAUGUUGGCCAGGCUGGUCUCGAACUCCUGACCUCAGGUGAUCUGCCCACCUUGGCCUCCCAAAGUGCUGGGAUUACAGGUGUGAGCUACUGUGCCAGCCCUUAUAUUGUCUUUGAUACCUGGCUUAGAGGGGUUAGAUAACUUGUCUAAGGCCGUAGAGAGAAUGUUAGAGCUAGUUUUCGAACACUGGUCUGAGACCAGAGCCUAAGUGCUGAUCCACUGUACUUUGCUCUUUGGAUUCUAAUUUUAUCAACCAAAUUAACAUUUCUUUCAAUGCUUUGUUCUCUUUUAUUGUAUUUCAAAACAAUAGGCUAUACAUAACUGAUAAAAAUGGAUUCUAAACCAUUGGUAAAAGAGUUGAAAGAACUGGCCACUAGAAUCUCCUUCAUUCAUCUUCUGCAGUUUAUUUGGGGAGUGCCCCUGCCCAUGUCUCCAACCUUCAUCUAGUACAACUAUCCCCCUUACUCACCACUCUCCUGACACGCUGGCCGCCUUUCAAACCUCCCUCAUUCCAUUAUCUUUCCCACCUCAGGGCCUUUGCACAUGCUACCCCUCCUGAAACUGUCAUCUUCCCACUGUUCUUGUAGCAAGGUAGAUUCCUUUCAUUCUUUACACCUAAGCUUAAGUGCCACCUUCUCAGAGAGACCUGCUCACGCCAUUUAAAGGAGAUUGCCCCCUAUUCUCUUACCUCUGCCCUGGCUCUGUUUUCUUUAUAGUCUGUAUUACAAAAAACUUGCACAUAUGUUAUUUAUUUGGGCUUUUGGGUUUUGACCGUCCCUCUUGAGAAACUCUGAGGACAGAGACCAUAUCUAUCAUUUGCUGUUUUAUCCUCAAUGCCUAGGAUAGUGCUUAAUACAGAGCAGGUAUUUAUUAGAUUGGUGCAACGUUGCAGUUUUGGCCAUUACUUUUAAUUUCAAAAAACACAAUUUUGCACCAACCCAAUAUUUGUUAAAUGAAUGAAUAAUUAAUUCAUUUGUAUUUAUUUCUCCUGUCUACCCACAAAAUCAUGAAACCCUUAUUACUUGUCCUUCUAAAGUCUAGAUUGCUUCACAUAUUUCCACAAUCUCCCAACUUUUCCUAUGAAAAAAAGAUUAAUCUGACAUGAAUUAUUCUUGGUGAACCCAUGCUGGUUCCUGGAGAUUACACUUUUUCCCCUAAAUGCUCACAGGCCCUACCUUUAAUAAUCCAUCACAGAAUGCUGCCCAGGAUGAUGUCAAGUUCAUCAGUCUGCAGGUUGUGGAACCACCUGACUCCCCUUAUUUAAAGAUAAGAAUCACCUCUCUCUGGUCUUCCAGCCUGCCUUUCAUUUGCCUCAGCACCUCUGAUGACAACCUGCAGAGACUUCAUUUGGAGACUCUUAGUUCUCUGGAAGAAACUAAUCCAGGCCAGGAUAUUGUAACAUAUUUAUAGUAACUGUGUUUUUUUCUAGAAUCCUUUCACCCAUUCAGACCAUUAAUUCCUUCUUGCCAGCUUUUGUUCUGCCUUUUUCCAGAAAAAGUAGAAGUGUAAUAGGAAUUGGAUAGCUGAGCUUUCCAUCAUUCAUCAACAUUAUAUCAUUUACCAUUUCCUUUAUAGUCUGUCUCAGACAUAACUAAAACCCUGUGUGUGUGUGUGUGUGUGUGUGUGCGUGUGUGUAAUCAAAAUACUUCCCAAAGGUAAUAAGAUCAAAUAUCUUUAUAAGUGCAUUUUAAAAUGUGCCACAGCAGUCUAGCAAAAACAGGUAAUUCUAAAAUAGUUCCUCUUGAAAAGCCUGCAUUUUAAGAUAAAAUACACUUUAGUAGCUAUUAUAAGUACAACUAGAUAUUUAAAAGAAUGCAGAGUGGUAUUUUUCACUGAAGUUAGAAAAUCGAAAAUUUGCCACAUCUGAAACUUUAGAAAGUGUUUAGGAAUAGGCCGGGCACAGUGCCUCACACCUGUAAUCCCAGCACUUUGGGAGGCCAAGGCAGGCGGAUCACCUGAGGUCAGGAGUUCAAGACCAGCUUGGCCAACAUGGUGAAACCCCAUCUCUACUAAAAAUACAAAAAUUAGCUGGACAUGGUGGUGGGUGCCUGUAAUCCCAGCUACUCGGGGGGCUGAGGCAGGAGAAUUGCUUGAACCUGGGAGGCAGAGUCUGCUGUGAGCCGAGAUUGCACCACUGCGCUCCAGCCUGGACGACAGAGCGAGACUGUCUCAAAAAAAAAAAAGAAAAGAAAAAGAAAAAAAGUGUUUAGGAAGAGAUUUCAUAUGAAAAAAAAAAUAUCUAGAUUGUGUUCUCUACCUGAAUAUCCAGAAUACAGGGCCCAAUGAGUGAUAAAAUUAAAUGAACAAAUCUGUUUUUCCUUCUUCACCUGUUUCCUCAAUCUUGUUUUCACACUCAUAUUUUUUCUCCUUUAUACAUUAAGAAAUUUUUUUUUUUUUUUUUUUUUUUUUUUUUUUUUUUUGAGAUGGAGUCUCACUCUGUCGCCCAGGCUGGAGUGCAGUGGCGCGAUCUCGGCUCGCUGCAAGCUCCGCCUCCCGGGUUCACGCCAUUCUCCUGCCUCAGCCUCUCUGAGCAGCUGAGACUACAGGCGCCCGCCACCACGCCCGGCUAAUUUUUUUGUACUUUUAGUAGAGACGGAGUUUCACCGUGGUCUCGAUCUCCUGACCUCGUGAUCCUCCCGCCUCGGCCUCCCAAAGUGCUGGGAUUACAAGCGUGAGCCACCACGCCCGGCCACAUUAAGAGAUUUUUUAUGUAUACAUAUUCUUUUUCAAAUUUCUUUGGGUAGUUUCUUGUGACUUCCAACACAAAGAGCGGUGUAUGUGUAUUAUAAAUACAAAAAUAAAAAGUGAUUGCUUUUAUACUAGCACCUUAAAACCAUUUAGAACUUCAGUAAAACCAUGAAAAAGUGCUGUUUUGGAAAUGGAGAAAUAUUCAAAAGUAUGGUGUGGUGUUUUCAAGUGGAUUGUGAUUCUAGUCUCAAUUUGUUGAUCUUGACCUCUAGUGGACGGAUGCAGGCUUACUCUUUGUUCAGUCUUAAUAAAUGAGGCUCAAGGGAACCCUAACCCUAUGUUCACAUCUGAAUGGAUGAAAUGUAGGUAUGGGUACUGUGUUCUCUCGCAGUAUGGACACAAAACUGUCUUUAAAAAAGAGACAAGUAGAUAACUAACAUGUUGAUCUUCCUGUGAUGAAUGGAGAAGCCUGUGGAUAAUACACAGAACAAAUGAACACUGGAAAACACUAAGGCUCAUGUAAUUAGAGGUAACCGUAUCUGUGAAACUAACUACAGGUCCUAAGUUAUAUGAUACUGAAAGUCGUUUAUUUAUUUUUUAAUGAAAAACAAUACCCUUGAAUAAACCUUGGGUGAAGUUUUA